CGGCGGGACUGUCGUACUGGCAGACGGCCGGUGCUGUGGCCAGAGAGAGAUGGCGGAGCUGCGGGGCAGGAAGCGGUGCGGGAAGCGGUGCGGCAUCUGCGGCAUGUCCGACAUGUCCGACAUGUCCGGCUGCGAGGAGCUUAUUGAAAUUCCCAAAGUUGAUCUACCAAAGGAAGUGCGUAAAUUUGACUUCCACAUGUCAAAUGUUGGCAAAGAUAAUCCUCAGGGAAGCUUUGACUGUGUCCAGCAAACAAAUUCAAGUUUUGGAGCCUCGCAACUGGCUUCCCCGGGAUCUCUACAGAGUAAAAUUACAGUACGUGCAAAAAGCCAUUCCUGUGUGGCCACCCGACAGCGCGUGACCCAGGCAGAAGAGGAGUCACGCAAUCAAAGUGCAAAUGUUAUUAAACCUGGUGGACAAUUUGUAGGUAAAAGAGUACCGGUCAGAAGAGCACCACAAAGCAUUCCAGAUGCUGUGCCUGAGAGGAAGAGAACGACACCCAUGAACCCUGCAGACGUAACACAGGAGACUCACACACAAAAUUCUGUUUCUCUGCGACCGUACAGGGAUAGGGUGAUUCACUUACUGGCACUGAGAAGUUACAAGAAACUAGAGUUACUUGCUCGCUUGCAGAGAGAUGGUAUCGAUCAAAAGGACAAGAAAUCGCUUGGACCUAUCCUUCAGCAGGUAGCCAGACUGAAUCCAGAGGAUAAUUCUUACACUCUGAAGAGUUAUAUAUUUAAAGAAAUUCAGAAAGACUGGCCUGGAUACGAUGAAACAGAAAGACAGUCAUUGGAGCUAAUACUUUCUGGAAAAUUUAGGACAUCUCAGAAUGCCACCAGCAGAAGCCACGUGCAAGCUCCUGAAACUUCUAAUAAAGGUUCUUCAUCAGAUUCUCGGAAACAGCCUUUGAAUCCCACUUUUAUGUAUCCUCUGGUGAGCAAAAAGCAGGGGGUAUCUCACCUGACCAGUCGAGCCCAGCCGUCGGUCAGUGGCCGGGUGCCAGCCACCAGGGAGAAAGCUGCCGCAGCCCCUCCGCCUCCCCGCCUCGCCCCUGCCGUUGCUACUUCCGCUCCUCAGCCGCUGCCUCGCACACUCCUUCCCACUUCCAACCCUCCUCAAACUGCCACCUCCAGCUCCGCCAGCACCUCCAAGGGACGGGGGACACAAGACCUGCCAGCGGACAGCUGCAGUCAAAGUGGCAGUAGCAUUUACAAGGACCAGCGACAAAAAUGUACCUUUGAGACUACUUUGGGAAUCCCAGUGCCUGGCGCGGUGCAGGGGGAGCCUCCCAAGACCACACGCAAGAAGGACGCCAUGUUGCACCAAAAGCCCGAGAAGGUAAAACAGCAUGAGAAGAAGGAUGCGAGCACAACGCAGGACACAACGAAUGCGAGCAAAGCGGGGAAACGCCUUAGGAAGGAAGAAACUGCCCAGCUGGAAGAACCCUCCUGUUCUGAUUCAGGUGAAGGAGUUAGUGGAGCUUGCGCUGCCUGCAGAGAUCCUCUUUCAUUAAAAAGUGAAGAACCGGACUACUUCAAAGAAUACGUAACUGUAGUCUCGUACGAGCAACGCCAGAGUUACCACAAUGACUUCAAUGCAGAGUAUGACAAAUACAGGAAGCUGCGCGCUCACUUACACAGCAUCACCAGGAGAUUCACAGAGCUUGGUACAAAACUGAAGCUUUUUUGUCCAGGGUCCAAAGAGUGUCAGCCAAACGCAGACUACUAUAGAGAGAAGAAGAGAUGCGAGUAUCUUCACAACAAGCUCGCUCAUAUUAAGAGAUUAAUUGGGGAAUUUGACCGACAGCGAGCAAACGCAGGUCACCAGUCUUCUGCUUCGACCAUGACACAUGAAUGAACUGAAGCUUAUUUAUUUAGAAUUUAAAAAUUGGUUACUCUGUGAUUGUAAAAAACAGAAUCAAACUUUUGCAUUACAGAAGAUUCAGUAUUAUCAAACCUAAGUUAACUACUUCUGUUACUGUUGAUGUUUCUUAUAUGCAUAUUUGAAGCUGCUUCUUCUGGUCCCUUCUUUUCUUCAGGACUUAUGUUUGUCCAUUGAAAUAAUUUUAUCAGUAGAUGCUGGGGACCCGGUACCUCUACUGUGAAGUUGUGCAUAUUUUAAGACAAUAUUGUAGCAAAUCGAAAUGCUUUUGGAUAAACGUAAGUCUGUUUUCUGACUUUUCUUGUUGAUGCAAACUCUUUGCCUUCAAUGGUAGAAGGUUUAGAAAUUUGCACAAAACUUAAGAAAAAAAACAUCACAUUGUUUUGGAGGGUUAGAGAGGCAAGUGUAUGUGCUGUAUACAGCCCGUUUUGUUACAACAGAAACUCACCCCUGCAACUUAAACCUCCCAUUGCAGUGGUUGCCUUAAGGUGUUUGCUUGUGUAUAUUCAGUGUGGUUAAAUUAUUAACUGCACUGCUUCCCGCUUCGCUGAAGCAGUGGGAAGCACGACGUGGCCUACCAGUGUCUGGGAGUGUGCGCUUGUACCGUGUGUGUGUGUGGGAAUGUGUGGAUGUGAACAUUCGUGAUGGGGAAAAAAUAAUGAAAAAAAAGCUGCUGCUCUCAGUAGACCGAAUGCUCAGGUUACAACAACUGACAAGUGUUGCUGUAGGUUUUUCCUAUAACAAUUGCUACUUCUAUUGUGGAAGAUGAGAGCAUUUCCAUUUCAAUUGUUUGUCAGCUUUAAUAAUAUUGGGGAAAUUGAUACUUUACAAAAACGAAACAGAUAUAUAGUUUUGGGGCAAGAUUAUAAAAACAAACAUGCUUAUAUACUGCUAUAAAGUAUUUUUUGAAGAGAGAUAUGCGAAGAAGCUAUCACCUACAUGAAAUACAUAUUUAAAGAUUUUUGUCCUGCGUGCCAGGAAUAUAACAAAGAACAGAUGUAUUUGACUAUGAAAUACCGUGAUCAUCAAACAGCACAAACUUUCAUUUCAUGCAUUUCUUUUGUUUUAUUUUGAUGUAAACCAUUGCUUUAUCAUGUGAAAACACAGGUUAUUUGAUCAAAAGUGAGCAAAAUCUUUGUCUGUCUUCCUGUGUUUGUCUUUUCAAAACGUUGCCAAUUGAAAAGGGAAGCAUUAUGUUUGCAAACCUGAUUUGGGAAUUUUUGCCAAAAUUUUGCUAGCAUUGCUAAUAGACUUUAUCUCCAGCAUCAGAAAAAAAAAAAAUAUUGUGUAUCACUAUAAACCAGAAAAAGCUGGAUUGCCAGAAAACAUGCAUUCAGGUAAAUUCUAGCAAUUGAAUUUUUGCCUUAAACUGAAGGAUUCAAAGCCGUUACGUACAUGGAGAUGAAACAGCAAGCAAGGUGCAUCCCUUUCAGCUGCAUGACAGCGAUAUUUCUGUUAAUGACUUGAGACCAAGUUGACUUUGGGUCCCUUGAAAACAGUGGUUUUCAGCUUCACAUUUCAAAUGGUGAAAUGGAGAGUCCUUGCUUCCUGUAAAGAGCUGCAUUCCUCUGGGUUUUAGCGACACAAUUCAGUCCUGAGCAUGCAGGUGUAUCAAUGCCUGGGUAGAAAUGCCAGGGCUGUGGAAUUCCCUGUAGUUCUGGUGCCGCUGGAACAAAGUGGUUAGGUUAGCUGUGAACAUAGAAGCAAAGAGGCUUUUCACGCUAAGAUUAUGUGAAUUUCCUGAUGUUGGGACCCAUUUCAGCAGUUUAUCUAGUCUGUGUGCCUGGAUUUAACUGCUGUUGUGGGGCACUGUUGCGAUUGUAGUGCUAUCACUGUAACGGAGACCUGGUGCAAUUAAUUGAUCCCCCCCCGCCCUUGGCCAUUGUCCUGUAUUCGCAGGUGUCCUCCGGUUUACAGGCUGCGUGCGUGUUGCAGCUGGAGCUUAGUGCUUCUUCGUGCUUCUUCGGAGGUGCAGCACCGCGUGUCGUUGUCAGCCCUGACGAGCUGCUGUAAAGGCCUUAAUUGAAGGUUUUGUCUAUUUGCAUUGAGCGUUUCUGAAGCCCGGCAGGUACACCCCACAGCCUGCGUAUUGCAAAAUACUGCUGUAAACCUACUUGUUUCUCUGGGGCUGAUAUUCCUGUUCAGCAAAUGCUGAGAGCCCAUUGAAGUGAGGCCUCUGACUGUUUUGGUUUUUUGGGUUUUAUUGCCUUUCCUGUAAAACUGGCCAGCCUGCUCAGUGGAAAAAAAAAAAAAAAAAAAUGUUGCACGUGACAGCGCUUUGGCUGGGGUUACACUAGUAGAGAUCCAGAGCAAAUGAUUGAUGUAGAGAAGGGGCAACUGUACAAGUCUCCUUCGCGGAAACUCUGAAUCUCACUACAGUUUAUAAAAAAAAAAAAAAAACACGUGCUCAAAAGGGAGGCAAUAGCCCUUUCCAGUUGGCUGAAAAAAGCGUAGGUUAGAAGGAUUGGUUUCCAGUUUUUCCGGGAUUUGAGGGAGAAAAACUGCCUAAAGUAAAUUUUUACUAUUUUUCUUCUUUUAAACUGUGGAUAUACUCUAAACUGUCUCUUGAAGCAGCUGACUUGUCUGCUGUUAAUUCUUCAGGUCACCUUGUCCGUUAUCAAAAGUAAUAAUAAAAAAAAAAGUAGUACUCAAAUCUUUUGGAAGUGUUUUGUAGAACAUGUAGACAAGUCUUGGAAGCAAGGUACUUCAACAGGUUUUAAACAGAAGUGGGGUUAAGCUGUUGGUAUUGUAACUCUUUUAUUUGUUAGCCUUUUUAAAAUGGUAAUGUUAUAACGAGUCUUUCUCGAUAUGUGAAUGUUGUUUUCUGCAAAGACCUGUGGCUACUUUGAAGUAUGGUUCUUUUCAUGUAUUUACUGUCAUUUGUUUCUGUACCUGAUGGGGGAGAGAUGUGUCCAGCAAUUUGGGGAAGGGUAUGAAAUUGAUUAAGGGACGACAAUAUUUGUGAACGUGAAGGCUUAAAACAGGGCUGUGAAUCCCCCUUUCUGACUGUGAGAGUGUUUUACUACUCUUUCAACUGUUUCUACACAAACUGUGUGAAGACUCCGUAUGUGGAGCAUCCUGGGGCGUUUUGUUAACCACCACUUGAGCCAUUGUUGCCCCUCAGGUCUGCAUCAAUUUAAGUUCAAUAAAAUGUUAA